AUGAAGAGGACACAUCUGGCAAGUUUCAGCAACAGAACCCAAGAAAAAGAAGGAGACACUAAUGGUCACGACAGAAUCAUCAUGCAUCACUACAAGAACUACGAAACAGGGCUGAUCCCAUGGCCUCCCAGGAACUACACUUGCAGCUUCUGCAGGAGAGAGUUUAGAUCUGCUCAAGCACUUGGAGGACACAUGAAUGUUCACAGAAGAGACAAAGCAAAACUCAGACAGAUACCUUCUUGGCUCUUUGAACCUCACCAUCACACACCUGUUUGCAACCCUAACCCUAAUCUUAACUCUUCUUCAACAACGCUAGCUCAUCAUGAGCCUUCCAUAACCAACCAGAUAUCCAAAACGACUCCUUUUUCUUCUGCCCGGUUGGAUCUUUUGGAUAAGGGUUCUAGCUAUGGAGGUUUGAUGGAAGAAAGAGAGAAGAACAACAUCAAUGUAUGUAGCAGAGAUCUCAAUAAGAGUGCUGUGGAUUCAUGUCAUGCUGAAAAAUGUGAGAUAAGUCGUGGAGAUCUGAUGUACAAGGAAGAUAGUGUCAUGGGGUUGGAGCUUGGGAUGGGUUUGAGGAACACAAAACAAGUUCUUGAUUUGGAGCUUCGGCUUGGGUGCCUUUAA